AUGGUGGGAGAUAGAAGAAGGGGAGUUCAAAAUGGGGUUGCAGGAGACAAGAUAAAGGUGUCGAAUAGAUUUGGAGAAUUAGGCGAAGAAGAGGAAACGGAGGAGCUAGGAGGUAAUGUGGAGAGAGCAGAUGAGAAUAAAGAGAAUGAGAAUACCGCAAACAUAGCCUUAGCGGGUUCGAAUAAAGGGUUUGGGAAAGCUGUUGCAUUUGUGGCAAAUGGGAAUAACGGGAAGCAGAUGACAAACAGAGUUGGUCAUAAGGAGAAGAAAGCUGGUAACCAGCGAGGCCCAUAUCCACUAAAACUCCAGUCAAAGAAUGCUGGGCCCACUCGUGGGCUGGUCUUUGGCCCAACAAGAGGUGAAAUGGAGUUAUCGGUGAACGGGAAGAGACUGAGAGUGGAGAAAGAAAAUGUCGGCAGACCAGGUGGUGUUUUUGUUGGCAAUGGGGGGAUUGCACGAGAAGAGAAAGAGACUGAAGAUGGUGGUGAGCAGAGAGAGUUGCAAGCGCAAGAUCUUUCGAAGGAUAACCCGCCAGCUGAUGAAUCGAUAUCCUGGGUGGAGCAGGAUAGAGAGAUAUCGGGCAGAGUGGAUGCAUAA